CUGCUGCUCCCAGUCCGACAGGAGGAGGAGGAGGAGGAGGACUGAACUGAACUGAACUGGACUGAACUGGACUGGACUCACUUUGUUUCUCACCAUGUGUCACUUUUUAUUUGUGAGCUGAAACUAAAAGAACCUAAACAACAUGAGACAUGAAGACAACACAUCCUGGUUCUUGAUUUUUACAUCCGAGUGGAGCAUCCCGUUCAGCGGACAGGAUCUUCCUGAACUCACCUGAGUCACCAAGAAGAAGACUGGUCACUGAGCGCCGCCAUGUUGGACUUCUUCAGGCUCUUUAACUCUGAACCACAUGUUCAGGUGAUGCUCUGCAUACGCCAAAGAACUCCUCAGGAUCACCAGGACUUGAGAUGACCAGGAAAUACUUUGUGAUGACCAGGAAAUACUUUGAGAUGACCAGGAAAUACUUUGUGAUCACCAGGAAAUACUUUGUGAUGACCAGGAAAUACUUUGUGAUGACCAGGAAAUACUUUGAGAUCACCAAGAAAUACUUUGUGAUCACCAGGAAAUACUUUGUGAUGACCAAGAAAUACUUUGUGAUUAUGAGGAAAUACUUUGUGAUCACCAGGAAGUACUUUGUGAUCACCAGGAAAUACUUUGUGAUGACCAGGAAAUACUUUGUGAUGACCAAGAAAUACUUUGUGAUCACCAGGAAAUACUUUGUGAUCACCAGGAAAUACUUUGUGAUCACCAGGAAAUACUUUGUGAUGACCAGGAAAUACUUUGUGAUGAUCACCAGGAAAUACUUUGUGAUCAGGAAGAAAUACUUUGUGAUCACCAGGAAAUACUUUGUGAUGAUCACCAGGAAAUACUUUGUGAUCACCAGGAAAUACUUUGUGAUCAGGAAGAAAUACUUUGUGAUCACCAGGAAAUACUUUGUGAUUAUGAGGAAAUACUUUGUGAUCACCAGGAAAUACUUUGUGAUCACCAGGAAAUACUUUGUGAUUAUGAGGAAAUACUUUGUGAUCACCAGGAAAUACUUUGUGAUGACCAGGAAAUACUUUGUGAUCACCAGGAAAUACUUUGUGAUUAUGAGGAAAUACUUUCUUAUUACGAGAGAACUGUGAGCUCACAGGAUUAUUGAUUAUGAUGAAAAAGAAGCAGUGGAAUAGUUCUUUAAAUUAUUGAAUACGACUAAUCAGAAUAAAACCUUGAAUUGAUGACACCUGAAAUAAACAUCAUCUGUGUUGCUCAUUCGUGUUUUCACUAAACAACUUAUGGACCGACAUUAAGGACCAUAAGUAAUUAUGGACCAGCAUUAUGGACAUUAUGGACCAUAAGUAAUUAUGGACCAGCAUUAUAGACAUUAAGGACCAUAAGUAAUUAUGGACCAACAUUAUAGACAUUAAGGACCAUAAGUAAUUAUGGACCAGCA